AUGGUCCUCCGAGCCGGAUUGUUCCUUUCUAUGUUGGAGACAUUGUUUUCGCUUUUAUGCCCGCCUGAAUCGGUAUUGUCUUGUCUGUUUGAAUGGACGGUGGUGCCCCUCCACGGUAUCAACGCAGGCUUCUAUAAAUGUAGGGAGACAAAGGGUUGGUCUUUUGAAUCGGGCUGGGAGACAGGUCGUGCAGAGUGGAAACUACUGUCAGAAGACGAGAAGAGACCGUUCAUAGACGAGGCGAAGAGACUUCGGGCGAUGCAUAUGAAGGAGCACCCCGACUACAAGUACCGGCCGAGGAGGAAGCCCAAGACCCUCAGGAAGGAGGGCUAUCCCUACUCCAUACCUUACCCCAGCGUACCAAUGGAUGCGCUGAGAGCUGAUACAAAGCUAUGCCGUCCUUCGUGGAACACUCUUUUUAUACCGGCCAAGGAGGUAGCCCAAGACCCUACUGAAGGAGGGCUAAUCCUUCUCCACACCUAUUCAGAAUUGCUUAAGCCGUUGGUCCCGACUGCAUCACAGAUACAGAGAAUACAUUCAGUGUCUAUAAAAUCAUUGGCACGCCAAGACGCGUCGCCAAUCAAUCAGCGCGGGCCAAGUCAAACAAGGCACGUUAAGUCAGUGAUACCAACUGGAUUUUUUGUCGUUUAUAACUCCAAUCUCAAUAGUGGUCCGAUCUCUAAUCUACCCGUAGGAAGAGCCCUGUCCCUUGGUAUGUACGCCGGGUUCCAAGGUGUCGCCUACCCGAGAGGUCCUGAGUUCGAAUCCUGGUGA